CGGUCGCGCGGGGCGGGGAACGGGGUCGGCUCUGUGGCCCUGAGCCCCUAGCCCUGCCCUCCGUCCGCUCGCAGCCCGCUAUCCUGCUGCCAUGUUGCGUGCUGCCGCCCGCUUCGGGCCCCGCCUGGGCCUCCGCUUCUUGUCAGCCGCCGCCACCCAGGCCGUGCCCGCCCCCAACCAGCAGCCCGAGGUCUUCUGCAACAAGAUCUUCAUAAACAAUGAAUGGCACAAUGCCGUCAGCAGGAAAACAUUCCCCACAGUCAAUCCGUCCACUGGAGAGGUCAUCUGCCAGGUAGCUGAAGGGGACAAGGAAGAUGUGGACAAGGCAGUGAAGGCCGCCCGGGCCGCCUUCCAGCUGGGCUCACCUUGGCGUCGCAUGGACGCAUCACACAGGGGCCGGCUGCUGAAUCGGCUGGCUGAUCUGAUCGAGCGGGACCGGACCUACCUGGCGGCCUUGGAGACUCUGGACAAUGGCAAACCCUAUGUCACCUCCUACCUGGUGGAUUUGGACAUGGUCCUCAAAUGUCUCCGGUAUUAUGCCGGCUGGGCUGAUAAGUACCACGGGAAAACCAUUCCCAUUGACGGAGACUUCUUCAGCUACACCCGCCAUGAACCUGUGGGGGUGUGCGGGCAGAUCAUUCCGUGGAAUUUCCCGCUCCUGAUGCAAGCAUGGAAGCUGGGCCCAGCCUUGGCGACUGGAAACGUGGUUGUGAUGAAGGUAGCUGAGCAGACGCCCCUCACUGCCCUCUAUGUGGCCAACCUGAUCAAGGAGGCCGGCUUUCCCCCUGGUGUGGUCAACAUUGUUCCUGGAUUUGGCCCCACAGCCGGGGCCGCCAUCGCCUCCCAUGAGGAUGUGGACAAAGUGGCAUUCACAGGCUCCACCGAGAUUGGCCGCCUCAUCCAGGUUGCUGCCGGGAGCAGCAAUCUCAAGAGAGUGACCUUGGAGCUGGGGGGAAAGAGCCCCAACAUCAUCAUGUCAGACGCCGACAUGGACUGGGCCGUGGAGCAGGCCCACUUCGCCCUGUUCUUCAACCAGGGCCAAUGCUGCUGUGCUGGCUCCCGGACCUUCGUGCAGGAGGACAUCUAUGACGAGUUUGUGGAGCGGAGCGUUGCCCGGGCCAAGUCUCGGGUGGUCGGGAACCCCUUUGACAGCAAGACCGAGCAGGGGCCGCAGGUGGAUGAAACUCAGUUUAAGAAGAUCCUCGGCUACAUCAACACUGGGAAACAAGAGGGGGCAAAGCUGCUGUGUGGUGGGGGCAUUGCUGCUGACCGUGGUUACUUCAUCCAGCCCACCGUGUUUGGAGAUGUGCAGGAUGGCAUGACCAUCGCCAAGGAGGAGAUCUUCGGGCCAGUGAUGCAGAUCCUGAAGUUCAAGACCAUAGAGGAAGUUGUUGGGAGAGCCAACAAUUCCACGUACGGGCUGGCCGCAGCUGUCUUCACAAAGGAUUUGGACAAGGCCAAUUACCUGUCCCAGGCCCUCCAGGCGGGCACUGUGUGGGUCAACUGCUAUGAUGUGUUUGGAGCCCAGUCACCCUUUGGCGGCUACAAGAUGUCGGGCAGUGGCCGGGAGCUGGGCGAGUACGGCCUGCAGGCAUACACUGAAGUGAAAACUAUCACAGUCAAAGUGCCUCAGAAGAACUCAUAAGAACCAUGUGGGCUUUCUCCCUCAGCCAUUGAUGGAAAGUUCAGCAAGAUCAGCGACAAAACCAAGAAAAAUGAUCCUUGCGUGCUGAAUAUCUGAAAAGAGAAAUUCUUCCUACAAAAUCUCUUGGGUCAAGAAAGUUCUAGAAUUUGAAUUGAUAAACAUGGUGGGUUGGCUGAGGGUAAGAGUCUAUGAGAAACCUUUUAAAUGACAACAAUACUGCUAGCUUUCAGGGUGCAUUUUUAAAAAAUAGAUUCAAAUGUCUUAUCCUCUCUCUGAAACGCCUCCUGUAACUUGAGUUUAUAGGGGAAGAAAAAGCCAUUGUUUACAAUUAUAUCAGCAUCAAGGCAACUGCUACACCCUGCUUUGUAUUCUGGGCUAAGAUUCAUUAAAAACAAGCUGCUCUCAACUUA